AUGGUGGCUUCUAUUCUCUGGCACCUAUGGAAGAGUAGGAAUGCUUUUGUCUUCCGUCAACGAAGCCUAACAGCUGAACAGGUGGUGCAAUUAGCUCUUGCCGAUGUUACAUCAUCUUCUCUCUGCCAUCAGUCGUCCGUGACUCGAAGAAGGACACACUUCGAUUCUGACCACCAGUGGCAUCCACUAGCUUCGGGUGUUCUUAAGAUAAACAUCGAUGGCGCCUACCUGACCUCCCCACAGCAAGGAGCGAUCGCCUGUGUAUGUCGCGACUCUGCGGGUCGCCUUAUCACUGGAUUUACAGAAACCAUCAAUGCCUCUUCUGCCCUACAAUCAGAGAUUCAAGCGCUGGUUCAUACCUUGAAAUUUCUGCUGCAGAAAGGACUGGAAAAAGAUCAUUUGCUGCUGGAGUCGGAUUGCUCUGUGGUGGUGGACGCUGUGCGCAACCCCCUUUGGUUUCCAUGGCAGCAACGCUCUCUGUUUGCAGAAGCUAGGGCACUUUUGCCCUCUUUUCCUUCUCUUCAUAUUCGGCACUGUAGACGGGCUGCGAACUUCAUAGCUGAUUAG